UCUAAUUAUCAUUCUGACUCGAGUUUUAGUCCAUCCCAACCUUUCGAUGCUUCUAUAGAUUACUUAGUCAUUGGUGGUGGAGUUGUUGGGUUGGCUGUCGCAGAACGAUUAUCGAAAAGAAAAGGAAAAUCUACUCUAUUAGUUGAAAAGAAUUUUAAGGUUAGCGAAGAAACAAG